AUGAAUCAAAAUUCCCCCACGUCGUCAUCCGGUCCAGAAGACGCUGCCGAAAACACUGCGGACGAGGAGGAUUCUGAAGAUUAUUGCAAAGGUGGAUAUCACCCUGUCCAAAUUGGCGAGAAAUUCAAGGAUGGAAAAUAUACGGUUGUGCGAAAACUAGGAUGGGGCCAUUUUUCGACCGUCUGGCUCUCUCGAGACAACACGAAUGGCAAGCAUGUCGCAUUAAAGGUCGUGCGAUCCGCUAGUCACUACACGGAAACCGCCAUCGAUGAAAUUAAGUUGCUCCAGAGAAUCGUACAAGCGAAUCCUAACCACCCAGGCCGAAAGUACGUUGUCAGCCUACUUGACUCGUUCGAACACAAGGGACCGAAUGGAGUGCAUGUAUGCAUGGUGUUCGAGGUUCUUGGGGAAAAUCUUCUAGGAUUGAUCAAGAAGUGGCAACAUAGGGGCAUUCCUCGAGAUCUUGUCAUGCAAAUCACAAAGCAGGUGUUAAUGGGCCUGGACUACCUGCAUAGAGAAUGCGGCAUCAUUCAUACAGAUCUCAAACCCGAAAACGUUCUGAUAGAGAUAGGCGACGUCGAGCAGGUGGUAAAGAAGGUGGUGAAGAACGAGAAUUCAGACAAGGAGAAUAACAGGAACGGAAGACGAAGAAGACGAACAUUGAUCACUGGCAGCCAGCCGUUACCGUCACCUCUGAACGCGAACUUUAAUCGCGACAAUCUAUUCCCAUCGACUAAAUCCCACAGCAGCCUCAAUGCUAUGUUACACGAUGCAGCAACGCCAAGUUCAUCUACCAGCGAUAAGCAGGGACAGAGGGAAAAGACAGCUGAACUCCUUACCAAAGAAGUAUCUGGUAUUUCUCUUGAUAAGUCCGCUACUGGCAGCACUGCGUCUACCAGCGAGAAGAAAAAGAGAAAGCGAAAGGGGCCAAUUAUUAACGUCAAGAUUGCGGAUUUGGGAAAUGCUUGUUGGGUCUCUCACCACUUCACAAACGACAUCCAGACAAGACAAUAUCGAUCGCCAGAGGUUAUUUUGGGCGCGAAAUGGGGUGCGAGCACCGAUGUUUGGAGUAUGGCCGCAAUGGUAUUCGAACUAAUCACUGGCGAUUACCUUUUCGAUCCCCAGUCAGGAACCAAGUAUGGCAAAGACGACGACCAUAUCGCACAGAUUAUCGAGCUUCUUGGCCCCUUCCCUAAGGAACUAUGGAAGACUGGUCGCUGGUCCCAAGAGAUCUUCAAUAAGCGAGGAGAACUGCGUAAUAUCCAUCGCUUGCGGCAUUGGGCGCUACCUGACGUCCUACGUGAGAAGUACCACUUUAAGGACUAUAAGGAUCUGCCACCGAAGGAGCGGGAAGAGAAGGAGAAGGCUCGGAGGGAACGAGCCGAGGCCAAGGUCAAGGCUAAGAUGGAAGCAAGGAAAAACGGUGAGGAUGAGGACGCUGUAGAGGACCUCUUCCCGGACGAUGAACCCACCCUCGAGUACCAGCCUUCUGAGGUAUCUGAAUUCCUCCUACCGAUGCUCGAGCUACUACCGGAAAAGCGUGCGAAUGCUGGCGGCAUGUCGAAUCAUCCGUGGUUAGAUGACACGCCGGGUAUGGAGGACAUAAAAAUAGAAGGACUCAUACCUGGAGGCAAAGGCGAGGGUAUUGAAGGCUGGGCCUGCGAGGUGAAGAAGCGGUAG